AACCCAUAUAACACUCCAACUCCCUCCCAGCUUCUUCCCUCCCUAUAAUUAGUAGGGUUUUGAUGCCAUCAUUAUUCUUUUAUUCUUUGCUAUCAUUCUCAAUCCUUAAGUGUCCUCUUAGGACAUAAGUUUUAGUACUAUCUGUUUUGUCUUUAACUAUACACUCGCCACUUUCCAAUACAUCUCCCUCUGAAAAUGGCUCCAUCUGCUGCAACAAGAGCAAGAGCAAGACCAAAAUCAACAAGAAAACCAAGAAGAACCCAUUACAAGAAGCGGCUUGUCAAGUCCAAGAACAUCCAAGAAGCAUCAGUGGUUGAGGAUUUACCUAUUAAUAAUUCUUCCUCCUCCUCCUCCACCACCACCACCACCACAAGCUUCGAUACUUGUUCCAAGGUUGAUGGCUUAGAUUUCGAGGGUGUUGAUAUCUCUACAAGUUCAUGCUCUACUCCAAAAGCUCAGAGAUUUCGGAUACCAGAGAUCGUUACAUGCCCACCAGCACCAAAGAAGCAAAGAGUGAUAUCAAAUUGCUCAUUGCAAAGGAGACCCAUCGCUUUCUUUGCCCCUCCAGAUUUAGAGCUCUUCUUCUUCUUUGCUCUCCGCGAUAUCUCAGUCUAGAACUUGUUCAUAUAUGAUAUGAAGUCAUUUCAAUAGUCUAAGUUGUGAUCAUUAUAAAUCUCUCUUGAGUUAUAUAGUUUGAGACUUGGAUUUGAUCACUAAUAUAUAGUGUAAUAGCUACUUUGAGAUUUCAGAAUUCAGAGUGAAUGAUGGCAGUAAGAAGUUGUUAGCUUUGCUCUUUCUGGUUUGCUAUUUGAUUUAGUUGGGUUUUCAAUUUGUAGGUAUACUAAUCACUAAAUUUAGCUGGGGUUGUCCAACUAAAUUUAGGCUUAUGCCUAUCAGCAUUUUUAGAUGUUUUGCUGACUAUGGGGUUUGAAGAGUGAGAUGUAAUGGCUUGAUAUAAGGUUUGUGAGUGUGAAUUUAGUGUGAAAUUACCAGCCUUUCUUUGUUCAGUCAACUUCAAAAAGUUAAGUAAAAAUCAUUACUUACUGUUUA